AUGGCCGGACAACACGAAGCUGCCAUUCUCCCCCAGCAAGGCGGUCCCUUGUCUCUUGGCAAGCGUCCCACUCCCGAGCCCGGCCCGAACGAUGUUCUCAUCGAAGUCAAGGCCGUUGCCUUAAACCCCUGCGAUCAUUUCCAGCGUGAUUAUGGCAUGCCUCCUGUGCCUAUUUACCCCGCUAUCAUCGGAUCCGACACUGCUGGCAUUGUCACUAAGCUAGGCUCGAAUAUCACGACAGCCCCUAGACCAGGAAGUCGAGUCAUUGCCUUUGCCUCAUCAUUCUACCAGAACGGCUCCCCCGAUCACGGUUCCUUCCAGCAAUACACUUUGGCCCAGUCCGAGGCUGUUAUCCCACUUCCCGAGAGUCUCUCCUUCGAGGAAGGCGCAGUAUUCCCUUUGGCCGUCCUGACUGCCUUAACUGCAUGGACCACGAUCGGCAUUCCGCUCGACACCAAGUACACCCCCGCAGACAAACAGGCAGUCCUGAUCUGGGGCGCAUCGAGCAGUGUGGGUACCUUUGCUGUUCAAUCAGCUAGGACACUCGGCUUCACCGUGUACGCCACGGCCAGUCCCAAGCACCAUGACCUCGUCAAAAAGAUUGGAGCCGAUGCGGUUUUCGAUUACAGGGCAAGCGAUGUCGUCUCUCAGAUCGUCAGUGCCGUAAAAAAGGAUGGUGUUAAGCUGAACACUGCGCACUGCGUUGUCGAUGGAGCUUUGCAGCCAACAUUGGAUAUUCUGAAGGAGACCAAGGGAGAUGCACCUGCCAAGGUCGCACACUCCCCCUUCUCCCAGAAGAUUACUUUCAACUUCCCAUCUAUGGAGGAGGUCGCGAGAAGCAAGCACAUUAACGAAGUUUUCAAUGGAUGGCUGAAGCCUGGCCUGGAGUCCGGCAAAGUAAUUCCCAGCCCCAACAUCCAGAUUGAGGGUGGCGGCCUUGGAGGAAUCCACGCAGCAUUGGACAAGCUCAAGGCGGGUGUCAGUGGCACUAAGAUUGUUGUGCCAGUCUAA